UCGCCUUACAUCCGCCAUCACCAGGCAAAUACUGCUGACAUCAGCUUGUAAGAGCGCCGGUACACAACCGACUGGAAACUGGAUAGCAGCUCCAUCUAUUGCAUAAUACCUUGACUUGCUGUUGUUACAGCGCUGGGAUAUCGAUCGCGCAUCUUGAAAAAUUUGUUCUAUUUCUCCGUUGCAUACCGACUGUAUUUUUGUAGUUUGAUUCCUCGCAAUCAAAAAUAUAUCGCAAAAUGGAUGCUCUUCUGCAGAAUUUUCGUCAGCUGAAUAAAAGCUGUUUUAUUGUGGGAGCGAGCGGGGAAAGCGGAAAGGCUCUGCUGAAGGAACUCAUUAAACUGAAGCCAUUCUCACGGAUCGUCCUGAUUAGUAGGCGCAAACUGGAGUAUGAAGAUGAGGAACUAAAAAAGCUUGAGCAGCGCAUUAUCGAUUUCGACAAAAUUGAUGAAGUACACCAGAAGGAUUUCGAAGGAUUUGAUGUGGGUUACAGCUGUCUGGGAACUACCCGGGGCAAAUCAGGAAAGGAAGGUUUUAUAAAAAUCGAGCACGAUUACACACUGAGCGUUGCCAAAGCAUCGAAACUCGGCGGUGCCAAGCAUUUCCACCUGAUAUCUGCAGCAAGCGUGGACGAAAACAGCCAUUUGCUUUACAACCGCGUGAAGGGCCAAACGGAUCGGGAAGUCAGCGAACUAGGUUUUGAGCGCACAAGUAUUUAUCGACCUGGGUUUUUAUUAACGGAUCGUGCAGAGCGGCGCCCCAUGGAGAAAGUGAUGGUCGCCAUGAUUAAACCAGUGACGUGCAUGUUUCCGACCGCAAUAUCCGUGCCCAUUGAAUUUCUCGCUAAAGCUAUGGUUGCCAGCACCAUCAGCAACGAACCGGCGGGAGUGCAUAUUAUCGACAACAAGGAAAUCCAUCGCUUAGGGAAUUCGCUAUAAAAGAUUUUGUAAAUCACCAUCCGUGAAUUACAAGACUCAAGCGCAUUUGAUUACCGAGUCGCGGGAAUUUAUAUCGACUGUAUUCAUAACGUCAGAUAAAUGGGAUUGGAAAUGAAAUGUGCGGUUCACUGGUUUUUAUGCAGACUAUUAUUAUACGACUUUUCUGUGAAUCAGUUAUAGUAUUGCAUUUGACUUCAAUACAGUAUGUCUGUCGA